AUAAAUACUUUCUCACUGUCACAGUAUUCAAAGGUCACUUUGAAUGCCAGAAUAAGCCAGCAGUUCUGAAGUAAAAGUGUUUAUUCUAUUGAAUGGUGUCUUGCUGGCUUUAAAAGGGACAUCUUUACAAGGCUGGGGCACCAUGGAGGAAGAAUAUGUACAAGGACAGUUCAAAAAGCUGCAGGAGCAGCGUAUGACCAUGCAGAAGAAAACGUUCACCAACUGGGUCAACAAUGUGUUCUACAAACAUGGUGUGGACAUUAGGAUUCAUGAUCUCUAUACUGAACUGAAAGAUGGCAUUUAUCUCCUGCAGCUGUUAGAGCUGCUGUCUGCUGAGCAACUGCCCAGACCAAACAAGGGUAAAAUGAGGGUUCAUUUUCUGGAGAACAACAGCAAAGCUAUCCAAUUCCUCAAAACCAAGGUACAGGUGAAAGUAAUUGGACCUGAGAACAUUGUAGAUGGGGACCGAACUCUCAUUCUGGGUUUAAUGUGGAUAAUUAUCCUCAGAUUUCAAAUUGCAUCCAUCAGACUUGAUAAGGAAGAGUUUGGGGCUAAAGCUGAUGUCCUUUCUGCCAAUGAUGCCCUGCUGGUCUGGUGCCAGUAUAAGACUGCCAGCUACCCUAAUGUCAAUGUGAAAGACUUCUCCAAAAGCUGGAGUGACGGGUUAGCCUUCAAUGCACUCAUUCAUGCUCACAGGCCUGAUCUCAUCCAGUACAGCUCCCUGAGGCAUGACCAGCCCAUCAGUAACCUAAACAAUGCCUUCACUGUGGCAGAGAAGCAGCUGGGAAUCACAAAGUUGCUGGAUGCUGAGGAUGUGGCGGUGCCAUUUCCAGAUGAAAGAUCCAUCAUGACUUACGUUUCAUUCUACUACCAUUACUUUUCCAGGCUGAAGCAGGACCAGACUGUCCAGAAAAGACUCACCAAAAUUGUGUUCUUCUUGAAGGAGACGGAUGACUUGAAGUUCCAGUAUGAGCAAAUGGUCUCAGAGUUGUUGAAAUGGAUAAAGCUCAAAGUGGUGGAACUGGACAAUCGCUUCUUUCCCAACUCCCUCAAGGAGAUGCGCCUUCUCAUGGGCAACUUUAAGACUUUCCGCAUUGUGGAGAAGCCUCCCAAGUACCGGGAGAAGGGAAUCAUUGAAGCCAAUUUCUUCCACAUCAGAACCAAACAGCGAGCCCACAACCAACGUGCCUACCUGCCUCCUGAAGGAAAGACACUGAGAGAUUUGGAGAAGGAAUGGGUCGUUUUGGAGAAGGCAGAACACAACCGAGGAAAAGCAAUCCAGGAGGAGCUCUUGAGGCUGGAGAGAGUUGAGCAACUGGUCCAGAGAUUUCUGAAGAAAGCAGCUGUUCGUGAGGCCUACUUGGAGGACAUGAGAGGGAUAAUAAAGAAGCAGAACGACUGGCAGCCUGGGACUGUGGAGGAACAUCAGGCAGCCACAAGAAAGCUUGAAGCCGUUGAGGCGGAUAUGCUUUCCCGAGACCUACGCUUCAAAGCACUGUCUAAGAUGGCUUCAGAAAUCAAGCAGGAGAACUACCAUGGCAAGAUCCAGAUUGAAAAGAAGCAAAAUGACAUUGCACAUCAAUGGCAAGACCUUAUGACCCAGCUCCAGAGACAAAAACACUCCUUGGGGGCGAUGCAGGAAGGCCUGGUCCUUUUGAGGGACAUUGAUACCAUUACAGAAGAACUAAAAGGGCUGAAGGUAUCUUGUGUUAUGCAUUUUACAUGUUAA